UUGGUUCCCUUUUGUAAACCAUUCAAGUAAACACAUUUGGAAAUGUUCGGAUUUUAACAUAGAGAAAGAAGGACUUUGACCACUUUGCACACACAAAUUUCUUUUAGUGUUUUUAUGCAAAUUUUGGUCAUGGCAUCAGAUGAAGCCUUACGAAACGGAGUGAGAGCAAACCUUUCAGCAUGGAUACAGAAACUGGAGUGUGGAGGAGAUCUAGAGAAACAGGCUUUCUUCAAGAAGAAGUUUAUCCAAAGGCUUAGAGAUUCUCCUGUUGCCAUAGAGACUGAAAAAGCUAAUGAGCAACAUUAUGAAGUACCAUCAGAAUUUUUCUUAACGGUUCUGGGCAAGAGGUUGAAAUACAGUGGUUGCAGUUGGCCAGCAGGCGUUAACACACUGGAAGAAGCUGAAGAUUUAUCUUUAAAAGAAAUAUGUGAAAGAGCAGGUGUACAAGAUGGACAAACAGUUCUGGAUCUUGGUUGUGGUUGGGGAUCACUAUCACUGUAUAUCUGUGAGAAGUUUCCUAGAUGUAUUGUCACCUGCGUAUCAAACUCCAACACACAAAGACAACUGAUACAAGAUCGAGCUUUAGAACGAGGUUACCAGGGGCGACUCGAGUGCAUCACAGCAGAUGCAAAUGUUUUCACGACAGCAAAAAGAUUUGAUAGGAUAAUUUCCAUAGAAAUGUUUGAGCAUAUGAAGAAUUAUGAAAUCUUGAUGCAAAGAGUCUCUUCAUGGUUGAAACCCUCUGGGAAACUGUUUAUACAAGUGUUGUGUCAUAAACUUCACCCAUACGCCUUUGAUACAAAGCCAGGGUCCGACACAGAGUGGAUGGCGAAAAACUUCUUCACGGGUGGAACAAUGCCUUCAGUAGACCUGUAUUUGUAUUUUCAGAAUGGAGUGAGGAUAGAAGAUUACUGGAUUAUCAAUGGGAAACAUUACAGUAAGACGUUAGAGGCGUGGUUAGAAAGACUGGAUCAAAACAAGGACAAAGUGAUGCAGAUUCUACAAAAAGCUUACGGCAAAGAUGCUGACCAGCAACUGUUCAACUGGAGACUGUUUUUCAUAUUUUGUUCUGAAGUGUUUGGUUACUCAGAUGGCAAUGAGUGGAUAGUUUCCCAGCACUUGUUUAGAAAAAACCAAUUAAGCUCAUUAUAAUAGUAUAAUAUAUUUUUAGCUUCUUUAUUUAUUCCAGAACAUAUUGUGAAUUCAAAUUGCCUGCAUUUGCCUGUAAAAAAAUGUCACAAUGCUGUCUCAGCAUCGAUUAGCAAUUUGUUAAUUUGUUCACAGAGUUGCCAAGUGGACUGUAGUAAUUGUUCCCGAGCUUAUAAUAAUUGGGAUGUCCUAGGUACAUAUUUCUGGUGCUAACUUUAGAUGAUAAGUUCUAUUUGUUUUGUAAAAAUAAAGUUGAUAUAUAAUUAAUUACAUACAAGCAGAAUUUAAAGUCUCAAAAGUUAUUGGUGUUUUUAUCAAAAAGUAGCUCAGUAUGUAUGAUGAAACCUUAUAUUCUGUUUUACAUACUGUGAAAUCAUUAAUAUUCGUAGGGGACUAAUUUUCGUGGUUGAGUCAAUCCACGAAAUUUAAUCCCAACGAACAAGUAAAAUUCACAUUCAUUUUAUGUUCAAAAGUUGAAAUCCACGAAUUCAUAUCCCCACGAAAUUGCCGUUUUGACCAAAACCACUUUAUAAACCCUUUGUACAUUUUAGCUCAAAAGAUUCAUCAAACGUAUUUCGCUACCUCAAAAAAGUAUUCGUGUUGCAUUGACAAAAUAUUACUGUGAUAAAAUUAAUAUUUAUAAAAUUUCUGUAUCAUAAGAAAAGGAAAUGUUAUGAAUAUAUGUUUAAAGAACAUUGUUUUCCUCAUGUGUUUUAUCUUUUGUGAGGCUCAUUUGAGAGGAGUCUUAGUUCAGAUGUAUAUGAUUUGACUGUACCGGAGGGCUCGCCAGGUUAGCUGAUAUCUUCUUGUCUGUACUAAACUGGAUUUGGAAUUACUGGUCUUUAUGCACUUUUUAAAAGAUAUCCAAUGGCCAUGGUUCACUGAAAUGUUUUAUUUUCAGGUAUUCACUUCAAAUGUAGAAAAUUGUUUUCAAAUGUACAUAGAGUUACAUUCAUAACUAAAUUUCAUACAGCAACAGUCAAUUGUUAAAAAGAUUUCCAUUUGUGCACAUUUAUAGUGUGUGUUAGUUAUACAUGAAUACAAAUGAAUAUGUACUAUUUUGAACCUAGCGCAUAGUACUGUAAUACACCUAAACUUGUUAAGUAUGUCUCCCCGCAACAAGGGGAGACAUAUUGUUUUUGCCCUGUCCGUCCGUCACAAUUCAUUUCCGAUCAAUAACUGAAGAACUAUUUGACUUAGAACCUUCAAACUUCGUAGGAUUUAUGGAGUAGGCGACCCCUAUUGUUUUUGGGGGUCAUUCCAUCAAAGGUCAAGGUCAAGGGCCUGAACACAGAAAACCAUUUCCAAUCAAUAACUUGAGAACCACUUGACCCAGAAUGUUUAAACUUCAUACGAUGAUUGGUCAUGCAGAGUAGAUGACCCCUAUUGAUUUUGGGUUACUGUUAAACGUCAAGGUCACUGGAGCCUGAACAUGGAAAACCAUUUCCGAUCAAUAACUUGAGAACCACUUGACCCAGAAUGUUGAAACGUCCUGUUUGACGCCAUAUAACCUAUACUGUGUUGGUGCGCCGUAAAACCCAAAUAAAUAAAUCAUAUGAUGAUUGGUCAUGCAGAGUAGAUGACCCUUAUUAACCGUGACAGCCGGUAGGCGUCCAAAAGCAUGUCUGCUUUCUAAGUCAGAUAGUUUUCAUCCGAUCUUCACCAAACUUGGUGACAGUGUUCGUGGGCAUAGUAUCUCAGCCAAGUUCGAUAACCAGCAAAAUCACUCCAGGCACUCUAAGGUUCUGGGACAAUCUGUGUAUGAAAAGAAUUGGAAACACUGCCUUACCCUUGCAUGAUCGUAAGAGGCGACUAAUAGGGUCUUAACACUUGGUUUUGCAGUAACUCUGUGAUUCCAGCAGGUAUGCAAAUUUUGAUUCCAUACCUCAUGUUUUUAUUUCGAUGUAAAUGAGAUGUGGAACCAAAAUUUGUAGUCCUGUUUGGCACCAUAUAACCUAUACUGUGUUGGUGCGCCGUAAAACCCAAAUAAAUAAAUAAAU